AGCAGUAGCUGCAGCAGUGGGAUGUUUACCUGGCGGUGCCUCAUCCUUUGGGCUGUGCUGGUCGCAGCCGCGCUCUCCGCUGCCCGGCCGGCCCCGACCCUGCCCGACCAAGCUCUGCCUAAAGCAAAAAUUGAAGUGGAGUCCUACUCGGCCCACCCCGGCGACCUCCUGCAGCUGCGCUGCCGGCUGAGAGAUGACGUCCAGAGCAUCAACUGGGUGCGCGACGGCGUCCAGCUGGCGGAGAACAACCGGACACGCAUUACCGGGGAGGAGGUAGAGGUCAGGGACGCAGUGCCCGAGGACUCAGGGCUCUAUGCCUGCAUGACCAACAGCCCCUCGGGAAGCGAGACCACCUACUUCUCCGUGAACGUCUCAGACGCGCUCCCCUCCGCCGAGGAUGAUGAUGAUGAAGACGAUUCCUCCUCGGAGGAGAAGGAGGCGGAUAACACCAAGCCGAACCAGGCUAUUGCUCCCUAUUGGACCUAUCCUGAGAAGAUGGAGAAGAAGCUCCACGCUGUCCCUGCUGCCAAAACAGUGAAGUUCAAGUGUCCGUCGAGCGGGACACCCAACCCCACCCUGCGCUGGCUGAAGAAUGGCAAGGAGUUCAAACCCGACCACCGCAUCGGGGGGUACAAGGUCCGCUACGCGACCUGGAGCAUCAUCAUGGACUCGGUGGUGCCCUCUGAUAAGGGCAACUACACCUGCAUCGUGGAGAACAAAUAUGGGAGCAUCAACCACACCUACCAGCUGGAUGUCGUGGAGCGUUCCCCGCACCGGCCCAUCCUCCAGGCAGGGCUGCCUGCCAACAAGACAGUGGCCCUGGGCAGCAACGUGGAGUUUGUCUGCAAGGUCUACAGUGACCCCCAGCCCCAUAUCCAGUGGCUGAAGCACAUCGAGGUCAAUGGCAGCAAGAUCGGCCCCGACAACCUGCCCUACGUGCAGAUCCUGAAGACGGCUGGCGUUAACACAACAGACAAAGAAAUGGAAGUCCUUCACUUAAGGAAUGUCUCAUUUGAGGAUGCUGGGGAGUAUACAUGUUUGGCGGGUAAUUCUAUUGGGAUCUCCCAUCACUCUGCAUGGUUGACAGUUCUCGAAGCUAUUGAGGACACCCCAGCCAUGAUGACGUCCCCCCUCUACCUGGAGAUCAUAAUCUACUGCACGGGCGCCUUCCUCAUCUCCUGCAUGGUGGUGACCGUCAUCAUCUACAAGAUGAAAAGCACCACCAAGAAGACAGACUUCAACAGCCAGCUGGCCGUGCACAAGCUGGCCAAGAGCAUCCCCCUGCGCAGACAGGUAACAGAAAGUAGAGAGGGGGUGUCGGCCGACUCCAGCUCCUCCAUGAACUCGGGCGUGAUGCUGGUGCGGCCCUCCCGCCUCUCCUCCAGCGGCACCCCCAUGCUGGCCGGCGUCUCCGAGUACGAGCUGCCCGAGGACCCGCGCUGGGAGCUGCCCCGGGACAGGCUGAUCCUGGGCAAGCCCCUGGGAGAAGGAUGCUUCGGGCAGGUGGUGCUGGCAGAAGCCAUCGGCCUCGACAAGGACAAGCCAAACCGGGUGACCAAGGUGGCGGUGAAGAUGCUCAAGUCCGACGCCACAGAGAAGGACUUGUCCGACCUCAUCUCCGAGAUGGAGAUGAUGAAGAUGAUCGGCAAGCACAAGAACAUCAUCAACCUGCUGGGGGCCUGCACGCAGGAUGGACCCCUCUAUGUGAUCGUGGAGUACGCGAGCAAGGGGAACCUGCGGGAGUACCUGCAGGCCCGGCGGCCCCCCGGCAUGGAGUACUGCUACAACCCCACCCGUGUCCCCGAGGAGCAGCUCUCCUUCAAGGACCUGGUCUCCUGUGCCUACCAGGUGGCCCGUGGCAUGGAGUACCUGGCCUCCAAGAAGUGCAUCCACAGGGACCUGGCGGCCAGGAACGUCCUGGUGACCGAGGACAACGUGAUGAAGAUCGCUGACUUCGGUCUGGCCCGUGACAUCCACCACAUCGAUUACUACAAGAAGACAACAAACGUGAGUGCUGGGCGCCUGCCAGUGAAGUGGAUGGCACCAGAGGCUCUGUUCGACCGAAUAUACACCCACCAGAGCGACGUGUGGUCCUUUGGCGUGCUGCUCUGGGAGAUCUUCACACUGGGGGGCUCACCCUACCCCGGCGUGCCAGUCGAGGAGCUCUUCAAGCUGCUGAAGGAAGGACACAGGAUGGACAAGCCCAGCAACUGCACCAACGAGCUGUACAUGAUGAUGCGGGAUUGCUGGCAUGCCAUCCCCUCCCAGAGACCCACCUUCAAGCAGCUGGUGGAAGACCUGGAUAGGAUCGUGGCCAUGACCUCCAACCAGGAGUACCUGGACCUCUCCAUGCCGCUGGAUCAGUAUUCUCCCGGCUUCCCGGACACCCGCAGCUCCACCUGCUCCUCAGGAGAGGACUCGGUGUUUUCCCACGACCCUCUCCCGGACGAGCCGUGCCUUCCCAAGCCCCCUCAGCACAGCAACGGCGGACUGAAGCGACACUGA